GCGAGGGCGAGGUUGCCGUCCCGACGCGCGCCGCGAUCCCGCUGUUCUCGGCAUGCGGCUGCGCUGAGCCCGCCCGCGGAUCCCGGGAGCCCUACGUCCACCAAGGAUCUCUGCUGGCUGUGUGAGAAGGUGGCCUUUAGCCGGCAGGAUGACCAACCCUGCGGCCGCGCAGAACCAGGAGAUAGACUGCCUGAGCCCGGAAGCUCAGAGACUGGCGGAGGCCAGGUUGGCGGCAAAGCGUGCGGCUCGCGCGGAGGCCCGAGAGAUCAGGAUGAAGGAGCUGGAGCGGCAGCAGAAGGAGAUCUAUCAGGUUCAAAAGAAAUAUUAUGGGCUGGAUACAAAAUGGGGCGACAUCGAGCAAUGGAUGGAAGACAGUGAGCGCUACUCUCACAGAUCCAGAAGAAACACGUCGGCGUCUGAUGAAGAUGAGCGCAUGUCAGUGGGUAGCCGCGGAAGCCUGAGGUCGCAGCCUGACUUGGAGUAUGGGGGUCCCUACGCCUGGACAAAUGGAUAUGAUGGAGACUUAUAUGGAUCACAGUCCCUGAGUAGACGAUCUGGCAGGAAUUCCAGCUACAGCGGUGACGGCCGAUUCUCCACUUUGUCAUCAUCCAGAGAGGACACCUUGGGACUUUUCUGCUCAGACCUCGGGCUUCGCAGUCUUGGCCUGGCUCCCAAACCUCUGUCUGCCCAGAAUGGAAACCGGCCCUCCUACCUGUACGGCGCUGCCCGGCCGGCGGGGAGUAACCUGGCGUCUGUGUCUGACGAGAGCAGUCUCGGUGGGGCUCGGCGGGGCAGCGCCUGCGGUUCUCAGGCUCUGGGUGGGCAGGCUUCAGAGCUCAGCGGCCACUUCAAGUCCAGCUCCCGCGCCUCCUCCAGAGCCAGCUCUGCACGGGCCAGCCCAGUGGUUGAAGAGAGACCAGAAAAAGACUUCACUGAAAAGGGGUCUCGUAGCCUGCCCGGCCUGUCUGCAGCCACGCUGGCCUCCCUGGGUGGGACUUCCUCUCGGAGGGGCAGUGGGGACACCUCCAUCUCCAUUGACACCGAGGCUUCCAUCCGGGAGAUCAAGGAACUCAAUGAGUUAAAGGACCAGAUUCAGGAUGUAGAAGGCAAAUACAUGCAGGGAUUGAAAGAGAUGAAGGACUCACUAGCAGAAGUUGAGGAGAAAUAUAAGAAGGCUAUGGUGUCCAACGCUCAGCUAGACAAUGAGAAGACGAACUUCAUGUACCAGGUUGACACACUAAAGGACAUGCUGCUGGAGCUGGAAGAGCAGCUGGCCGAGUCCAGGCGGCAGUACGAGGAAAAGAGCAAAGAAUUUGAAAGGGAAAAGCAUGCCCACAGUAUACUCCAGUUUCAGUUUGCUGAAGUGAAAGAGGCCCUGAAGCAAAGAGAAGAAAUGCUUGAGGAAAUCCGACAGCUACAGCAGAAACAGGCGAGUUGUAUCAGGGAGAUUUCUGAUCUUCAGGAAACAAUAGAGUGGAAAGACAGAAAAAUAGGGGCGUUAGAGAGACAGAAAGAGUUCUUUGAUUCCGUAAGGAGUGAACGAGACGAUCUUAGAGAAGAAGUAGUCACGCUGAAAGAGGAAUUAAAGAAACAUGGAAUAAUACUAAAUUCAGAAAUAGCUACCAACGGAGAGACGCCAGACACUCUGAACAGCAUUGCCUCGCAAGGUUCCACAAAAAUGACAAAGGAAGAGCUCAGCGCCCUCAAGGCGACGGGGGACGGGGCCCUCGAUAUUAGGUUGAAAAAGCUUGUUGAUGAACGGGAAUGCUUAUUGGAACAGAUUAAGAAACUCAAGGGGCAGCUGGAAGAGAGACAGAAGAAUAUCAGAUUAGACACUCUGCACCCGGAAGACGGUGUCUUACAAAAUGGGACGGACGUGCACGUGAUGGAUCUACAGAGGGAUGCCAACAGACAGAUCAGCGACCUCAAAUUUAAACUUGCAAAAUCUGAGCAAGAGAUAACUGCAUUAGAACAAAAUGUCAUAAGGUUAGAAAGUCAAGUAUCACGUUAUAAACAGGCUGCUGAAAAUGCUGAAAAAAUAGAAGAUGAACUUAAGGCUGAAAAACGGAAACUCCAAAGAGAGCUUCGCUCUGCACUGGACAAAACAGAAGAGCUCGAGGUGAGCAACGGCCACUUAGUGAAGCGUCUGGAGAAGAUGAAAGCCAACAGGAGCGUCCUCUUGUCCCAGCAGUGAAGGCCGGUUCUGAACAGGACAUGGAUGGGUGGGUGGAGAGCAUGGGUUCGUCGGCUGGUCUGUUGCUGCCCAGGAGCGCUGCUUCUUCCCCUGCUUCUCAGAGAACACCCCGGGGAGCACCCUGCUUUUGCCUGGAGCCCAAGCAGCCAUGAGAUGCCUCUGUCUGCAGACUGAGACCUGGUCCGGGGCAGCCGCUCUGCACCUGCAGGCCGUUUAGUAAGCACACUGGGCCAUGGAGCUCUGUUUCCGACAAUGCAGCAGCCUCUUCACGCAGUUUAAAAUGGUGAUUGGAAUAAAGACAAAUGUGGGACUCGAGUUCUUUUUCCAUGUGUCUUGCUGAACAUUAAGGGGAAAUGUUUCAGUGUUGGGACUUCCUUUCGUGGCAGAAUCUGCAAUUUGAGUGACUUCAGUAGUAUCUCUUAGUCUACGCUUUUCAUACACAAAACACUGUGGAACCACAAGCCAUUACCAAGCAAAACUCUUUCACUAGAAACAAGUGGAUGGUCUAGAAGUAAAAGUGACCUUAAGAAGACUCUUUCCAGGCAACAAUGAAGCUUUUCUAAGGGAUUUUUGCAUCAGUUCAAUCAAAAGAAUACUUUUUCCCAGGGUAAUUAGGCAACAGCUUCACUGAAAAAUGACAGCGUUUCAUUCGCAUUAUUGAAUCCUUAUAUUUGGAAAAUUGAAGUUGUUAACUUCUUUUAAAGAAUGUACUAUUAGAAAAAUUAAAAAUUGAAAUGUUGAAAGACUU